AUGGUCUUUGCCAAUCGUCAUCUUCCAUUUCCUCAUCCUCCACCACCUAUCUGCAUCGCCAGACCAAAACCACCAAAAGUGAACAAGACUUUUGUUUCUCUUACUCAGUGUAGUGAAGCAGUGAUACCAACAACAAUGACCUCAUCAAGAAAGCUUCAGUUUUUUUUGUCUGCAUUCGAUGAGCUUCAAGACCGAGAAGACGGCUACUAUGUUGUUGUUGGAGGCACUACUCCAACUCCUCUUGGAAAAGGCAAAUCUACCACCACCGUAUGUCUUUGCCAAGCCUUAGGCGCUUACCUCAACAAGAAGGUUGUUACUUGUCUUCGCCAACCCUCACAGGGACCAACCUUUGGAAUCAAAGGAGGUGCAUCUGGUGGUGGGUAUAGUCAGGUGAUUCCUAUGGAUGAGUUUAAUCUCCAUCUCACUAGUGACAUCCACGCCAUAACUGCUUCCAACAAUCUCUUAGCUGCUGCUAUCGACGCUCGGAUGUUCCAUGAGGCGUUUCAAUCCGACAUGGUUCUUUUCAACAGGCUGUGUCGUCCUAAUAAAGAAGGGAAAUGUAGUUUUACUGACAUUAUGUUUAGGCGUUUGACAAAGCUUGGCAUCUCCAAGACCAGUCCUGAGGAGCUUACUCCUGGGGAGAUAAGGAGAUUUGCUAGGCUUGAUAUUGUUCCUGAUUCUAUUACUUGGAGGAGGGUGAUGGAUGUUAAUGACCGGUUCUUAAGGAAGAUAACUGUUGGUCAGGGGUCUGAGGAGAAAGGGAUGACUAGAGAAACCGGGUUCGACAUUUCUGUUGCUAGUGAGAUCAUGGCUGUUUUGGCUUUGACAACCUCUCUGGGUGAUUGA